AUGACCAGGCAAUCGCCGCCGUACACCGCCUCGAGUGCCUCUAAUUCUGCCCUAAUCUCUUCCUCGGCCAUCGACGACGGUGGCGAAUUCAGCGGCAACUAUUACUGCGAACUGUUCAGCUGGCCGAUACUACCUAUUGACAGAUCCCGCAGUUGGAUUUUUUUACGGGUCGGGUCAAAUUAUGUGGGGAAAAGCUUUACCCUUUUUGAAAAAAUUGCCCUUUUUGAAAAAAUUGCGAUGAGUCGGCGCUUUCCCCUUCUCCUGUCUUGUGGUGGGUCUGGACGGAUAGGUCCUUCGGCGGGGGCGGCCCUUGGUCCCGGCAGGGGUGCUUGA